UGUUUUCCCAAAAGCCGAUAUCAACAAAAGACGAACGGUAGGGUCCCUCGUUUUGUCUCUUUGGAUCUAAAUUCUGGAAUUACUCUUUUCAGAAUCUUCGAUCUCUCCGUUGCUGUUGAACCGGACUGAACGCUCACUACGGUGCCGGAGAAUCGCGACCCUCGUUUGAAUUCGUAAUCGUUGACGUCGGUGGCAGUUCUCUCGCGGUUCGAAUCGUGAUGAGUACUGGCGAGCUUCUGAAUAUCGAGCCUAAAGAGCUCCAAUUCCCAUUUGAAUUGAGGAAGCGGAUCUCUUGUUCUCUACAGCUGUUGAAUAAGACCGACAAUUAUGUGGCUUUAAAGGUAUUUAAGAUCAUAAUUGUGUUAGACCGAACACUGGAAUUGUAUUGUCGAGGUCUACAAGUGAUGUUUGGGUAUAAAUCUAGUGCUUUUUUUGUAACAUUUUAUCACUAGUUGUUUUCUUAGUUCUGUUUUGUUUUCUUUAUUGUGCUGUCGUAAUUAUUAUUUUUGUCACUUAUUAUGUGCUUAAUGGGUUACUUAUCUCAUCAUUUAGUGGCAAAUUGUCUGUUCUUCUGUUAAUCAGCUACAAUGCAAGCCCAAAAGGAGGCGCCUUCUGAUAUGCAAUGCAAGGACAAAUUCCUGCUUCAGAGCGAGGUGGCAAGUCCUGGAGCCACCGUGAAGGAUAUCACUCCAGAAAUGUUCAAUAAGGAGACAGGGAAUCAGGUUGAAGAGUCCAAGUUGAGGGUUCUUUAUGUUGCUCCACCUCGACCGCUAUCACCCGUACUAGAAGGAUCUGAGGAAGACUCUUCUCCUUGGGCUUCAGUGUCAGACAAUGGAAAUUUGAAUGCUUCUGAAUAUACAGCUGUCGUCCUGUUGUUUCAUUUAAUAUGGAGACUGGAGUACAAUUUAUAUAAUGUUUGUGUAUACAAAUAUUGGCUGGAUAAUUUCGGAUACAAUUUGAUGAAUUGUUGCACUGAUAUUGAUCGUGAGACUGGGAUGAUUUCAAAACUGGCCAAGGAGAAAAAUUCUGCGAUCCAGCAAAGCAGCAAACUUCAGCAAGAGUUGGAACUAAUAAAGGAAUACAGUCAAGAGGAAAUAUUCAUAGUUCGAGAGAGAGCAAAUAUUGAAACUUACCAUGUCCACAUUAUUUACGCAAAAUAG